CUGUCCGCCCAAACACCAGAUCUGAGGCUCACAGCAACCCAUUCCCGUACCACUUUUCCCCUCUACUCUACGCACACCACCCAUUAAACGUUGGCCAACAAGAUUCCUGCGUGCGCGAUUCUCCCUAAUCUCUGGUCCCGUGAACUGGAACUCUGCCACCUCGCCGCCUACUCUUCAUAAUAUCACCUGCCCGUUCUCUCCCGCCGAACCUUACAUUCAUCAACAUGUCUGUCUCUCAGGAUGGUAUCCCGCAAAAUGGCAACGACGCUAUUCCUCCAAUGGAUCAGCUCAAACUAGAUGACGAGGGCCGCUUGGGUCCGGACGGCGAGCCCGCGCCCAAGACGGACGAAGAAUAUGCUGUUGCCCAAUUGACCCUUCGUGCCAUCGUUUCCUCGAAGGAAGCCGGUGUCAUCAUCGGCAAGGGUGGCAAGAAUGUCGCAGACUUGCGAGAUGAAACUGGAGUCAGGGCUGGAGUGAGCAAGGUCGUGCAAGGUGUCCAUGAUCGAGUCCUGACCAUCUCGGGCGGCUGCGAUCCCAUCUCGAGAGCGUAUGCCAUUGUCGCCCGAGCGCUGUUGGAGGGCGCUCCUGCGGUGGGAAUGGGAGGCGUCAUCCAGACUAGCGGCACGCAUCAAAUCAAACUCCUCAUCUCCCACAAUCAGAUGGGCACCAUCAUCGGCCGGCAAGGUCUUAAGAUCAAGCAUAUCCAGGACGUCUCGGGCGUACGCAUGGUUGCGCAGAAGGAUAUGUUACCGCAAUCAACCGAACGGGUUGUCGAAGUCCAGGGAACUCCAGAUGGCAUCCAACGAGCUAUUUGGGAGAUUUGCAAGUGCCUGGUAGAUGACUGGCAGCGUGGUACAGGCACGGUCCUCUAUAAUCCUGCUGUCCGAACCGCGCCUGGCGGUGCGGGGUCUGUUAGCGGGGUGGGCUACGGCUCGUCCAACAGGACCGACUACUCCAGCACCCGUGUGAUGCGAACAGGAAAUGGUGCCGAUUUCAGUAACGGUAGUUCGCGCCCGUAUAAUCGCCGUUCGGAUUCCGAUGCCGGCACCCGCGGCCCACCCACGCACGACGAGAACGGCGAGGAAAUUCAGACUCAAAACAUCAGCAUUCCUGCAGAUAUGGUCGGAUGCAUCAUUGGCCGUGCGGGGAGCAAGAUUAGCGAGAUUCGUAAGACCUCCGGCGCUCGCAUAUCUAUUGCCAAAGCUCCGCAUGACGACACCGGUGAGCGAAUGUUCACCAUCAUGGGGACCGCCAAGGCGAACGAAUCCGCCCUCUUCCUGCUGUACGAAAACCUCGAGGCCGAGAAGAUGCGUCGUAGCCAGGCGCAACCACCGGAGUAGUCCAAUACCGUCCCGCUCGAACUGCACGGCUAUCACGAAGGGGCUAGGGCUCCCCAUAUUUGUUCGGAGUAUUUUUACUGCUGGGUCUGAUUUGGUGACGUACCCCUACGCUCAGGGGCACUUCAGAUUUGACUGGCCGCAAGGCUGACCCCCCUCGGUUUGGGCGGUUUCCCCACGACAUGACGAUUCCCCCUCCCCCCUCCUUCGCUCUCAGGCAAAUCUCAUUAUCGCCUCGCUAAAACCCCCCUUUUCCUUAAU